AUGAAGAUUCCAGCAAUAGCAAAACAUGGCACUAUUUUCUGCACGACUGGCAGUCACAAAGCAUCGGCAAUUUUCGUCGGCAAUGAGCUUGUUAUCACCUCUGGAUUAAUUUUGAGCGAUAACGAGCGCUAUGUAGAGGAGCUUAGCAAAGCCGUCAAACAUAGCCCAGUCGUAGAGGUUUCCAAAUCCACUGAACUCAAAGACAUCUUUCAUUUAGAUUUUCGCGUUGUUUGUAGGCACGAGAAUGUGCUGCGGGAACAACCGGCUCGUGCUUAUCAAAUAGUGUACUCUCGGCGGGUGAAAGAAUGCAUGGAAACGAUGCUAGAGGGAUUGCAAGUGUCCAUUAACGGUGAUAUGAAACCAAUUCGUUUGUAUGCCAUGCUUUUUGCCAGCAUCAUUAUUCUGUCCACAAAUCUAACAAAACGGGUUGCGUGGGAUCAGGUUAAGGGAGUACUCGAGCGACUUCAACCAUCCAGCAGCGAAAGAGCAAAUCUGCUGGAUAAGGUGGUAACCGUAUCCACCCCGUUUGGGGAUGAAUCCUUCUUCAACACGCUGCACGUCGGACACGUUUCAAACAUUUUCGGUGAACAGGACUGUGUGCUGCUGCUCGACACUCAUCUCAGCUCGGGCUGCCAGGGAGGAGCGGUUUACAACUACCAAAUGAAAAUGCAAGGCAUUCUUAUCGGCGCUACUUUUAUGUAUCGUAACGAGAAUGUUUGCUUCCCACUAGCGAUCAACAUGGAAGAAAUUGUAAGCAUUGUUUCAAACCGUAGAAACCUUUGCCAAAGCUUAACAACCGCAUUGCCAGCACAAGCGUUUCGUUCCGUCUGUAUGAUUGACUCGCAAGGAUGCUGGGGAACCGGAUGUGCAUUCGAGCUGAACGGUAAACAUUAUAUAAUUUCCUGUUCUCACGUACUCGCAACGGAUAACAUUACAUGCAUGUUUAAUGAUCGCAAACUAAUGCACCCGAAACUUGUGUACAAAAAUCCAACCUUCGAUAGUGCGUACGAUAUUGCACUGAUGGAGGCAACGUUCGAAGAGGAAGCGAAAUCGUCGAAUUGGUACUGUCAGUUAGCUAAUUACAUUCCCCGCAUUGGUCAACGUUUGUAUGCUGUUGGCUUUCCCGUGUUUAAAUCGUUAGCCAGCGGGUCAGUUUUUAAACCUAGCAUUAUUCCGGGUCGUGCCACAAAGUACAGUGAGGGUAUCCUGUUUACGGAUUGUUCCAUUCAAUGUGGGCAAAGCGGUGGUCCAAUAUUCGAUGAGAAUGGUUUAUUGGUAGCAAUCGCUGUAUCAAACUUCAAGAGCUCUUUAGAUAAUUUAAUCUACAACUGUCACAACAUGUGCGUACCGGUGAAUGAUAUUUACGGCAUUCUGGAAAACUAUUCGAAAACACGUGAUAAAGCAUCCCUCGCAGGAUUACAGGCUGAUUGGAGUGUGCGAUCGAAGUGGAAACUUAAACCUCCAGUAAUUUUAAACAAACUAUAG